CUUACUUGCACGGUCUCGUAGUCAAACCAGCAUUUUGCUUUUUAACACCAACACACAAACCAUUUCUCAAUUUUAGUCCAAUCCAACCCUCUCUUUUUCUUUUCCCUUCUGUAUCCAAUCCUCCCUUUUCCUUUUCUCUCUUUUCCCAAAUCCAAUCCCACCAUAAAUACUCGUCAUAACAAACCCAACUGCCCUCUCUCUGCUCCACAAUCUAGUGCUAACUUUUUUCAUAUCAUAACCCUUCUCUCUCUCUCUCUCUCUCCCUCUCUCUCUCUCUCUCUCUCUCUCUGUGUGUAAAAUGUCAACGAGAGCUAGUAGGAGGGUGAGUUUCAGUCCUGAUGUGAAUGAAAAGCCAAUUCUGUAUCUGAAACAGGGCGGCGGUGGCGGCUCCAGAGUUGGUGGAAGCAGGAGCAGGGUGACCGGAAUUUGGACUUUCAGGUUGCUCAAAGAUACACAAGUGCUCUCCACACCCAUCAAACUACUACGAACUCUCAGAACCAACAUGGCUAGAGCAGUGUGCAUUAUGUCUGCAAGAAAGCGGACUUCGAGGAAGGUGUCAUCGUCCAACCAUCUGACAAGGUCAAGGUCUGUAUCCGACCCUAUGGAAUCUCAUCGAGUUGAAGCUUUGGAGGACUGCAUCGAGUUCCUGAAUUCUACUGCUUCUUUGCAGAGAACAAAUUCAAUUGCUUGAAAUUUUUGUUAAUAAGAGACUUGUAGAAUGAUUAGUGUUCAUAAAAAAGGCAAGAAAAUAAAAGUUUUCGGUUGUUGCAUGCAAAAUUUAUCUGUAACAUGUAGAAAGAUACAUAACGAGUGCAAAUCACAUUAUCUUGUGUGAAUUUUUGUUUA